GCCCGAGCAGACGCAUGCGUUCUGAGUUCUGGCUCCUUAAGCAUGGGUUCCCUGCUCCCUCCCGUGUGGCUGCUGUGGCUCCUGUCCUGCCCCAGGCUUCAGCUAGCACAUGCCCAGGAUCCUGCCAUGGUACAUCUGCCAGGUGGUCGGUUUCUGAUGGGGACAGAUGCUCCAGAUGGCAGAGACGGUGAAGGGCCUGCCCGGGAAGUGACAGUAAAACCCUUUGCCAUCGACAUAUUUCCAGUCACCAAUAAAGACUUCAGGGAGUUUGUCAGGGAGAGAAAGUACCAGACCGAAGCCGAGGCUUUCGGGUGGAGCUUCGUCUUUGAGGAUUUUGUCUCCCCCGAGGUCAGAAAGCAAGAAAAUCAGAUGCCGGCGGUUCACUGGUGGCAGCCGGUACCCAAGGCAUUUUGGAGGCAGCCUGCAGGUCCCGGCUCUGGCAUCCGAGAGAAACUGGAGCUUCCCGUGGUACACGUGAGCUGGAACGACGCUGGCGCUUAUUGCGCGUGGCGGGGGAAACGCUUGCCCACAGAAGAGGAGUGGGAGUUUGCAGCCCGAGGGGGCUUGAAGGGUCAGGUUUAUCCAUGGGGGAACCGGUUCCAGCCAAACCGCACCAACUUGUGGCAGGGAGAGUUCCCCAAAGGUGACAAAGCUGAAGAUGGUUUUCAUGGACUGUCACCAGUGAACGCUUUCCCCCCACAGAACAACUACGGACUAUAUGACCUCAUGGGCAAUGUGUGGGAAUGGACAGCGUCCACAUACCAAUCUGCUGGCCAGGACAUGCGUGUCCUCCGGGGGGCAUCGUGGAUUGACACCGCAGAUGGCUCCGCUAAUCACCGGGCUCGGGUCACCACCAGGAUGGGAAACACUCCGGAUUCAGCCUCAGACAACCUGGGCUUCCGCUGUGCCGCCAGUGCAGGCCGACCAAAGGAGGACCUGUGAGCAGCCAGACUGAGAUGGAGAAAGCAAGCACCCUCUCCGUACUGUCUCUCCCUGACCAUAUUCCAGGGGCAGCUGGCUACCAAGCUCAUCUGUCUGAGGGGUGGCCUUUUGAGCCCCUCCCCUCUGACAGACACCUCCUAAGGGCAGAAGAACGCUCAAACCGCAAGAAGGGACUGAUCUAGCCUGGAAGAUGAGGAUCUAGAUGACCAAAGCUGGGAGCUGGGCUGUCUCUUACAUGCAGUAUUAAGGACAAAAAGGAACCAAACCCUUCAGGAUCCAAAAGACAGCAUUUUAAAAUCUCUCCCUUUCCCCUUUCUCCCUGCCUGGUUCAGCUUUCACUUCUCCUGGGAAAUUCUGCAGAAGGAAAAACGCUUCCUUUGUGAGGUGGCGCCAAAGCCUUGCUGCUAGAACCUAGUCUCCCUGUCCUCUGAAACGAGAUACUCAGUAUGUGGCAAGGCUGGUCUCGAACUCUCGAUCCUCCUACCUCGGCUUCCUGGGUGCUACUGGGAUCACACACCGUGCCCAGUAUUUAAAAGCCCCAGUAGAGCAAAAUGAUUUAUGAGGUGAAGCUGUGCAUUGCGGGAGAAGCGAAGUCAGUGUUCCUCUAGGAAGACAAAUGCCAGAACCUUCUCUGAGAGUUAAUCAUGUAGGGCCUUCUGUGUAUCCUGUAAACAUGUCCCUGAACAAGAACUGGAUCUUAUGAGGUCAAUAAAUUCUUAUGUAUAUCA